UGGCGGUCUUGCUGUUAGUAGCUCCCUUCAGCUUCAACGUCGGCGUUCGUGCACCCGUGAGCAUCGCGCCGUCGUCGCUGCGCAUGGUCGCCGCUCCCGCACCCGAGUUGGUCGAGUCGGCUCUGAAGACGGUGAGCCUCUCGAAUGCGGCGGGCGACUCGGUCACGGUCUAUACCUUCGGCGCGUGCAUCACCUCGUACGUCAAAGGCGGAACAGAUGUGCUGGCAGUGCGGCCAGACGCAAAGCUCGACGGGAGCAAGCCGAUCUCGGGCGGCAUUCCAUUUUGCUGGCCGCAAUUCGGCCCGGGCGCCAUCCAGCAGCACGGCUUUGCUCGCAACCUCGACUGGACGGUGGUGGAGCAGUCGGACAGCAAGGUGGUGAUGGAGCUGACCGAGAGCGCCUACACGAUGGACAUGUGGCCGCACGCCUUCAAGCUGCAGUACUCGGUCACGCUCGAGGACGACCGGCUCGCCACCGACUUUUGCGUCACCAACACCGACAGCAAGCCCCUCUCCUUCACCGGCGCGCUGCACACGUACUGGUCGUGUGACGACAUCGACAAGGUUGCGAUCAAGGCGCCCGCGUUCGCCGGCGCGACGUACCUGGACAAGAUGCAGAGCCCGCCGGCCGACGUCAAGUCCGCGUCGGACACCAUCAGCAUCGGCGCGCCGGUGGACUCGGUCUACGCCGGCGUCUCUGGCGACGUGGUCCUCGAGGGCGCGCACGCAUCGCCCCUCACCAUCAAGAACUCGGUGGGCUGGAGCGACACGGUGGUCUGGAGCCCGUACGGCGACGAGGGCAUGGGGUACAAGAACUUUGUCUGCGUCGAGUCGGCGCAGGCCGCCACUCCGGUCAAGCUCGAGCCGGGCGAGUACUGGACGGGCGCCAUGGAGGUGGUGCCCUAGGCCGCCGCAGCUUCCGCGCGUUUUUUCUUCUACCGAGCGAUUCUCAGGUCUGGCACCUCCCCACUGGAAACGAACAUCUGAGUUUCAAAUCUCGAAU